AAGAUGGCAGAGCAAAUUUCCGAGAAGAGGAAGUUCAUCGCUGAUGGCGUCUUCGAAGCUGAACUGAACAAGUUUCUCACUCAGGAGCUGGCUAAAGGCGGCUCGUCCAGGGUUGAGGUCCAAGUUACACCAACCAGGACAGAAAUCAGUAUCUUGGCUAUCAGGGCACAGAAUGAUCUGGGUGAGACAGGCUGGCAGAUCCAAGAGUUGAUCCCUGUAGUUCAGCAGAGGUUUGGUUUCCCCGAGGGCAGCAUAGAGCUUUAUGCUGAGAAGGUGGCCACAGGAGGUCUGUGUGCUAUUGCCCAGGCAGUCUCUACGUUAUAAACUCCUAGGAGGCCUCACCGUGUGGAGCGCCUUCUAUAGUGUCUUGUGGUUCAUCAUGGAGAGUAGGGCCAAAGGCUGUGAGCUUGUGGUGUCUGGGAAAGUCCAAGG